UGCCGCCGCCGCCAGUCAAGACCUGCGGCUUGCCCCGUCCGCACGGAGCUCUGCCUUGGCAGCGGAGGCGGGUGCUCCCGUGGUCACGACUGCUGCCGGGAGGAGGAAGGCUUAUCGUGGCUUCUGACAGCAGAGGGUUGCUUUGCCGUGCUGCCUCGGCUACUGCCUCGGUUGCUGCCGCCUUCCUCACCAGUGACCGUUGCAGGUUGUUCCAAGCCGUGCUCCUGUUUGGAAUUUGCUGGGAUCGGUCCGAGAGACCGGGAGUUUGUCCGCGAAUCUCCCGCCGUGCCUCGUGGACGCGGGGGGCGACCCCGGCGCGAUGGCGACCCGGGGCCGGGGCGUGGGCGCCAUGGAGCCGCCGGCGUUCGUGCUGCCCCCGCGGAACGUGCACUCCACGCUGUGGGGUCGCGCCCUCUUCAGCUGCACGGUGAGCGGGAGUCCCGAGCCCACGGUCACCUGGUGGCACGACGGAGUGGCCCUGACGAGCGGCGGCCGCGGAUGCGCCCAGCGCUCGCGCCCCGGGGCCUACAGCCUGGAGAUCCGAGGCCUCGUGGCCGCCGACGCCGGCCGGUACGAGUGCGAGGCCUCCAACGACGCCGGCAGCUGCCGCCUCGCGGUGCAGCUCACCGUCGAGGAUCCGAGGUCUCCGACAUCACGGCAACAAGAAGCCAAGGAGCCCAGGCCACUCGAUGCCAAACAUCACCGCGGCGGAGUCCUCCAGACGCCCUGGCAGGAAUCUCCCCCUCGCUUCGCGCAGAAGCCGAGCUGCGCGCUUGUGAAGGAGGGCGGCACGGCGCGUUUCUCUUGCCGGCCCACGGGCAGGCCGAGCCCCACGGUCGCGUGGCACAGGAGCGGAGUGGAGCUGACCCCCGGCGGACGGGUCGCGUUGGGAGAGGCGGACGGCGUGCACUGGCUGGCGGUGGCGGACGUCGGCGCCGGUGACGCCGGCAGCUACGCCUGCGUCCUCGCCAACGCUGCCGGCACAGUGAGCACCAGCACCGAGCUGCGCUUGCAAGGUGGUGGUGGCAGUGGAGGUGGCGCCUCUGAGACGUCCCCGCCCCCCGCCGCCCCGUGGCGACUUGAAAGGACGAAGCGCCAACGGAACGGUGACACAGUCUCGCCCGCACCUCUCCGCGCCGAAUUCGCCACACGCAGUGCGCGCGGGAAAACGGAGUUCUUGCCGGCGCGCCGCUCUGUCGCAAGUGACACGGGCAUGGACGGAGGAACCGGCUCCUCUGCCGUAAUUGGCGCCGGCAGCGUCGAGCGGAUGGAAGCGUCUUCCCAUGAGCCUCAGCUGGAGGAGCGACGCGAUUCUCAGAGCUCCAGCGUCCACAGUGAGCCCAGCCCGGAGCUCAACGAUAAGGAGGAGGAAGAAGAUGCAGGCGGCUCGGAGCACAGCAGGGUUGUGAUGCCGGAGGAGGGCGAGCGGCCCCACGUGCCACUGACGAACGGCCACGUGCGGCCGACGGACUCGGAGGCGCCUGACUCCGCUCAAGUGCCGGCUCCGGGGCAAGAAUGCGGCGCCCCCAGCCCGCAGCUCAAAGUCCACGGAGGGGUCACGCUCGGAGGUUUUGACGCAGAGGGGACGCCGGGCAGCGACCAGGAAGCGUCCCCGCAACAAAAUCGUUCUCUGCAGGAUGAGCUCUUGAGUGACGCCGCUCCCCAGCGCCCGGAAGCUGACGUGGCCGGACACGAUGCUGAGGAGGAGGUGGAGGUGGAGGAGGCGCGGGACCAGGGUGGGGUGCACGGUGAUCUGGUGGAGGAUUGGGAGGGACUUGCCACCGCCACCCCACGAACCGAUUCGGACGAGAUGGACGACUCUGUCCCCUCCAGCUCCGCUCAGCUCGUUGAGACCUCCGACGCCACGGACACCGCCAGCCUCGGCGGCACCGUCGAGAACGCAGAUGCCGGCGUGGCCGCUGCCGCCGCCAACAUUGUCUGCGGCGCCCGCUCCAGCGAAGCCGUCGAUGCCACCUGCGAUGCCGGCACCGCAAACGCGGUCGAGACCUGCGACGUUGGCGACGUUGGCGACGUUGGAGACGUUGGCGACGUUGGCGACGUUGGCGACGUUGGCGACGUUGGCGACGUUGGCGACGUUGGCGACGUUGGCGACGUUGGCGACGUUGGCGACGUUGGCGACGUUGGCGACGUUGGCGACGUUGGCGACGUUGGCGACGUUGGCGACGUUGGCGACGUUGGCGACGUUGGCGACGUUGGCGACGUUGGCGACGUUGGCGACGUUGGCGACGUUGGCGACGUUGGCGACGUUGGCGAUGUGGGCGCCGCCGUCCCCCCGUGCGUCUCCUGGGUGCCGCCGGCCACCGUGGUCAUGGCCGUGGGUGACGGCAGCAGCCGGGAGAGCUCCGAGGAAGAGAAAGCUGCCGCCUUUUCAGACCCCGUGAACGUCGCCGCGCCGCUGGGGAAUGGGGACGAGGUGGCGGCCCCGGGGGACGGCGAAGGCGACGGCGGGAGGAGAAGCGCACGGGAGGAGAACGAGGCGGUGCCUCGCGACGCAGGCCCCCCGGAGCUCCAGGGCCCCCAUCAGGUGACGGUGAGCGCCGGGGACUGCGUCACGGCGACGUUCUGCCUGAGCGGCCACGGCCCCUUCACCGUCCACUGGCUGAGGAGCAAGGCCACCGUGGAGGAAGGUGCGAGGGUGAGGCUGGUGACGGACGAAGGGAGCGCCGCUCUCUCCAUCGCGCCCGCGCGGCGCGAGGACUCGGGCUGCUACAGCCUCAGCGUCUCCAACGCCCACGGCAACACCACCGUGCCCUGCAACAUCACCGUGCUGGAUCGACCGGAGCCUCCGAGGGGCUGCCCCCAGGUGUCCCCGAGGAAAGACGGGUCGCUUGCGCUCUCCUGGUCGGGCCCGGCCGAUGACGGAGGCAGUGCCGUGGAGGCGUACGUCGUCGAGGGCCAGCGGUGCGAUGCCCAAGGCGGCGGUGGUGCGUGGACGGAGCUGAGCGGCUCCUGCGCCAGCACCUCCCUCACGCUGGACUCGCUCGAGUCCGGCAGCGGCUGGAGGUUCCGGGUUCGCGCUCGCAACGCGCACGGCCUCGGCGACGCGGGACCGGAGUCGCAGCUCGUCACGGUCGGGAACGCGGAAGGACCAUUGAACGAUGAAGAGGAGAGCGAACCGGAGCACCACGAUGUCGUGGUCAGAACCGACAAAAAGGUCAUGGACCUGUUUGAGAGAUUGGACAAACUUGGCACGGGCAAGUUUGGGCAGGUGUUCCGCCUACGGGAGAAGAGCAGUGGGCGGGAGUGGGCCGGCAAGUUCUCGCGCGCGCGCCGGCGCGAGGAGCGCGAGAACCUGCGGCGCGAGGUGGACAUCAUGAACAGCCUGCGCCACCCGCGCAUUGUGCAGUGCCUUGCCGCCUUCGAGGCACCCACCGAGAUCACCAUCGUGCUCGAGUACGUCUCGGGCGGGGAGCUGUUUGAGCGCGUGAGCGACGACGACUUUGAGCUGACGGAGCGCGAAUGCGUCGAGUACAUGCGGCAGAUCCUGGAUGGCGUGGGCUUCAUUCACCGGCAGAAUAUCGUGCACCUCGACCUCAAGCCCGAGAACAUCAUGUGCGUGAACCGCACGGGCACGCGCAUCAAGAUCAUCGACUUCGGCCUCGCACGCCGCAUCGAGCCGGGGGUUCCCCUGAAGGUCAUGUUUGGAACCCCGGAGUUUGUGGCCCCAGAGGUCAUCGCCUUUGAGCAGGUCACCUUCGUUACGGACAUGUGGAGCAUCGGCGUUAUCUGCUACAUUCUGGUGAGUGGCAUUUCCCCGUUGGCCGGCGACACCGACGUUGAGACAAUGGCGAACGUGACGAGCUGCAACUGGGAUUUUGACGACGAUGGGUUCGCAGACAUCUCGGAAGACUGCAAGGACCUCAUCGGCAAGAUGAUCGAGAAGGAUGUCAAGAAGCGCUGGACCUGCGAGCAGUGCGUGCAGCACCCCUGGGUGCAGUCGAGUCCCGAGCGCUUGGAGCCCAAGCAGCUGAACAAGGAGCGCAUGCGCAGCUACAUCACGCGCAGGAAGUGGCAGAAAACGGUGCACGCGGUGCGAGCGGUCGGGCGGCUGGCGGCCUUGAACGCGGCGCACAUGGGCUCGACUAACGCCACGGCCACUCCGGCCUCUCCAGUCUCUCCGGUCUCGCCACAGUAUAAAUAGUGUCCAGGUGCCCCCCACGUCCUAGUAGCCCCCCCCCCUCUCCACGUCCUGGUUAGCCCUCCAUACCCUGGUGGCUGUCGAGAGGGCUCCACCUGCCGUGCGUCGGACUCUUGGCACCCACAAAUCACCGCCUGGGUAGUGCGCUGCAACGGAAGCCACCCUCGGUCAGCGGAAGAGAUCUGACCUCGCUGCAUGUUUUUAAAAGUUGUCAUGUCCUGCUGUGGCCAUGCGAUGUCUCACAAUCGACGAUUGUCCGAAUGUCACGAAUACAUCCUCUCUGCUGCUGACUAUGCUGGACACUGGGCGUUA